UCAAACGAUUUUUUCAAGUUUCGCCCAAAUACUUCUUGUCCCCUACGAAUUCACCACAGGCCGACAUGAAUCAUUUUCCAAAAAUGUCGCCCGUAUUUAAACCGUAAUAGAGAAAUAACACCAAUGAUUUAUUCCGCGUGGUGAACCGGAUCUCGGGGUCAACGAAGAAGUCCAAAACAUUUGGCAACGUCGAGGGCACUAAACUGUUUCGCGGCGUCUACGCCGCUUCCACUUUACGGAUUGUACCUGAAGAUAAUUUUACCUGGUCCCCACGCAGCAUCUCGUCACUUGUCCGUGUGUCCGUUUGUUUACGUUACAAAAGCCAAACCGAGUUCUUUCCAAUUUUCCUGUCGUCGUUCGUGUUUUGAAGCACACGGAAAUCGUUUUAGUUGGAAGUGUUGAAAGUUUAAAGGGUUGUGUGUGGUUGUUGUGCGGCAAAAUUAGCGCCUUUCUUAAAAUUAAAGGAAGAACGUCCGAUUGGUGCGGGGGGUUAAAGAAAAGUUGGAGGAUGGGGUCGAGAGUGGGCGGGCUGAGCACUGCCGGUCUGCCCGCGGAUAAAGCCCUCGCCGGAGUGCCCAGACUCCUUGACGAUCUGGAACGGCUGUCUGAGGACACCGAUUCCGCAGACAUCGUCUUCAUCUUAGGCCGUGAGGAGGAACGCGUCUUUGCCCACCGUGUAAUCCUGAUGGCAAGAUGCAAAAGCUUCCAAACGGCGAAACGCGGCGAAGUAUGUAGGAUUCCGGGCUGCACGGUGUCGCCAUCGCCUCCUGGUACCCCGACGCCAGUACGACUGCCCCAAGCACCCCCUGAAACUUUCAAGCAGUUUCUACUUUACGUGUACACAGGAAAAAUUCUAUUGCAGGAUAGUGGGGUAUUCGAAAUGUUGGCCCUGGCGCAAGAAUUGGGGGUGGACGAAUUGAGGAACGCCUGUGAGGAUCACGUCACGUCGACGCUUUCUGUGCCGUCAGCGUGCACUUUUCUUGCCUCUGCGAUGGACAUCCAAGACAGAUCUCCAGGUGGUAAAGCAGCAGCAGGUUUUGUAGAGAGAUGUGUAAGUUACAUAGGGGAGAAUGCAGUGGAAUGUGUAAGGACAAAUUCAUUUUUGUCACUUCCAAAAGAAGCUGUUAUUAAGUUAAUAUCAUCAGAUUAUCUUUGUCUGGAAGAAGAAGAUGUAUGGCGUGCAGUCCUAAACUGGGCAAAGUACCAAGCUGGUGUUACCCAGCCAACUGCACACUGGACUGAAGAGGAAAGAGCAAGAGUCUGUCAACAUCUCUCUUAUGUUAUCAACCAUGUCCGACUACUUCUCAUUGACAGUCAGGUAUUCGCCGAAGAAGUGGAACCAACUGGCGCAGUGCCCAUGGAGCUGAGCCUAGAGAGAUACCGGCACGCCGCCCUGCCGAGCAAGUAUCCGGAGGGUGCGGAGGACCAGCGUCUGCGGCCUAGAAUAUCACCACGCUUGUUCCCUGGUUCCAUUAUCCUAGGCCAGGACAAGAGUCACUACCAAAGGAUCUUAAAUGCCUGGUAUGGAAACGCCAAACAAACCUGGAGGCUCGUAUACAGAGCUAGCAGUCACGGGUACUCCGCUUCAUCGUUUCACAGGCACUGCGACGGGGUUUCGCCUACUUAUGUGAUUGUCACAGGACAAAGAGGAGAGAUAUGUGGAGGAUUCAGCGAUGUCGCUUGGGGCAGACCUCAAGGCAAAAGUUAUUAUGUUUUAUCUGAGAGAGCGUUCCUUUUCACCCUAUACAAUCAUCAAGACUUGCCACCUACACAGUUUCAUCUAAUCAAAAAACCAUUUGCUAUUUGUUACCACCCAGAUUCUGGUCCAAUUUUUGGCGCCGGUGCCGAUCUUUUAAUUUCCAGUAAUUGCAACAGUAACAUGGAUAGUUACUCGAACUUGCCGCACACUUAUGACGGUGAGGGGGCUUCACCAUCAAUUCUUAUGGGUGAUUAUAAUUUCACAGUGACUGAUUACGAAGUUUUUACUCCUGUCAAUGCGUCUUCUAAGAUAUCUAAGAAUGAACGAUAUCAGUGACUUAUUUUUUUAGUAUUAGCAAUCAUUUUUGCAAUAAUUUAAGUGCCAAUUUUAUUACAGUAUUUUAAUUCAUUAUAUUCUUGAUAUAUUAAUUUUAUUUUAGAUUUUAGAAAAUAAUAGAUCUACUGUAGUGUUAAUUUUUAUGUGUGUGUUUCAGUAACUGUAUCAGUAAAAAAGUCAGUUAUUGCAACAUCACUAGGACUGAUUAUGUAACAUCUAAGAUUUAUUAUCAAUAGUAUUUUUAUACCCCUUUGAAGUGCAAAUUAAAAAUUGUAUUUUUA